UGUAUAAAUCAUAUUGUUUACUUCAAAAUAACCAAGUCAGCAUCUUUAGAGGACAAUGAAUAAAUUUUGCUGGUGGGGUGAUAGUUAAUACAUAGGUUUCUCUACUGUCAUCCAAUUUUUUUUUAGUAAACAAAUUAAAAAAAAACAUUUUAUAUAAUAAAAUAAGUUUAGGGACAUGUAAAAUAUAUAAAAGGGGUACGUUUUCAACAAUUUUCAUUCUACGAUCACAUAUGCGUAUAAAAGUUUAUUUCCAAUCUUAAAAUGUCGCAGUCUUUUGAAAGAGAAGAUAAAAGUAAUGGAACUACUCAGUUCGUUUUGAAAGAGAGUACCAGGUACCAGAGAGGACAAUACGCCAUCCAGCUCAGCUAUUAUAAGGGCAAAGUGUACCUACAUCUUCAAGACAACAACAAUGGGCGACAAGUAUCAAUUCCGGAUGAUGUGUUUGAAACAAUGAAUAACCAGUUUUACACGAUAAACAAGGCUGUGGAAGAUGUUAGGAAAGCCAACGCUGGACCACCUAGCCCGGAACUGCUUGUGAUGACAUCGCGCAAAAAGAAGCGAGUGGUGGAUUUAGACGGAGAUGAUGAGUUCUAGAGAUAGAGAAUUAAAAACGGGGUCACUGACAUUUAAUAAUUAUAGUAUUCAUGUAUUCUUUACAAUAAAACUGCUUC